CUUUUAUAUGCCAAAAAUAGUAAAGAGUCAUACCACAUCUCUGGCAGUUCCUAGAAGUUAAUAAGAAGGAGGUAAAAUAUCAUUCAGGAAUACAGGAAAGAGACUAAGAUGAAACUGCUCAUAGUGAUGUCGGUUCUGAUCCUGAGUGACGUGUCCAUAAUCAUGGGUCAUCGUGGAAUUGGAAGAGGAUUGAUGCGUCUUCGUGGAAUUGGAUAUAGAGGAAAUGUUGAAGAUGAACUUGACGAGUUUUCAACAGCAUUCAAUGAAGCAUUGUUGGAGCCAGACUGUUCAGUGCGUCUCAACUGUUCGAAUUUAGGAGUGUUUUUCACAGGGGAUGUAAUUUUUGCACCACAAGAUGUGCCACGUGCAAAUGGAAUAGCUGAAGCUGUCACGAUCAUAGAGUUCUUUAAGAAUCAGGACCCUGAUGUAUAUAGCGAAAUUGAUUUCACGGAUAUCACAGAGUGCAGAUGGUGUAAAACAAUUACUGCAUUUGGAAUUCAGACUUUAUUUUCAAAGGAUGCUGCUGGUCAACCAUUGGAACUCAUUCAAUAUAAUUUGUUGGUCACCUUCCGUCGGACAAGAAAGAGAAGAGAGACGAAGUUGGAGAUUAAAUACUGGGUGACCAACGAUAUUCCAGAAUCCCCGGCUGCUUAGACUGCGGCAUCAAAUGACCUCGCCUAAACCAAAAGUCAACCAACCAACAUACACACAAAAACAUCUCGAUUCAGAAUGCAUACUUUACACAGCCUUUAUAGAGACUACAAAACGACCAUUUUAAAGUUCUAUCUCCAUGUACGUUCAUUAUGUAUUUUGGUUCCUCGAGAAUAAAAUUUGCAGGAUCAAAAUAUUUGUUGUUCAAUAUCUAAGACUUGGAUAACAGAACAUAGUUCAUAUUACGUUCUCACAAAAUGUAUCACCUAUUAUUUUGAGAAGGUUAUUUCCUUUCGAGAACUAGACAGAAUUUUAAAUUAUAUAUUCCAUAGACUUUCAAAAUAGUCAGAUCUGCAUUUUCAUAUGCACAUGAACAUAGUGUAGGGCUAGAAAACAUACUUGUCUGAAUUCAAUAAUAUACAACUAAGCAAAAUUUACAUUCAUAAGAUGCUUUCAUUUAUAAAACUAGACAACAGCAACGCCAAGGCGUGGCAAAUCCCAUCAAACGGCCUUGGCUGCCCUCUUUACAGAAUUGCUUCAUAAAACAACAUUUUUCAAAUGGCCGCUUUUUGUCAAUAAACAGUGUACCAUGCUUAUAAGUAGUCACAUAUCAAAUUAGAAAUAUAUACAAAAUCGUUCUAUUACUUUUUGAGUUUUUGUGGAAAAUGUAAAAUAACACGUAAAAUUGUGGAAAAUGUAAAAACGUGUUAAAUGUCUGCUAUAAGAAAAAAAUCUCUCCACUACUUUUGAAGUUAUAGCAAAAAUCAUAAAAUAGUGUGUAACGACCACCAUUUUCCAAGAUGGCUGCC